AUGGGGUCGGCGAGCACACUCCAGCUCACGCCAGAAUUCCUGGCCCAGGACCGACGUCCUCAGGCCAGGAUUGGGAUUGGGGUUGUGACAGCGCUGUCGGGGGUAGUUGUCUUGAUCCGUGUCUAUGCUCCUUGGUCCCUCAUUCGCAGCUUUGGUUGGGACGAUGGCCUCAUCUGCAUUGCGAUGUUGAUGAACAUCGUUGUCAUGGCACUCUCGCUUCAAGUUCUCCGCUACGGUGCCGGUCUUCAUAUUUGGGCUCUUGAUCUCGCUAAGACCCCUCUGCUCUACAAGUGGCUGGUUGCCGCCCAGCUGGUAUACAUGAUCGCUCUGUGGGUGUGCCGUUUGUCCGGAUUGGCUUUUUACCACCGUCUGAACCCGAUGCCACAAUUCCAACUAUAUCUACGGGUCUCCUUCGCCUUCGUAACGGCCGUCAUGUUUGCUCAGGUUCUCAUCAUUGCCCUGCAAUGUGUUCCGCUCGCUGCACUCUGGGGUGGUGCCGAAGGGAAGUGUAUGGGAUCGAAGACGGUGUUCAUUUCCACGGCUGCGAUGACGAUCAUCUGCGACUCGCUCAUCCUCUUCCUCCCGAUCAAGAUUGUGUUCUCCAUCAAGGCGAAUGCGACACGAAAGGCUGCAUUGAGCGUAGUCUUGACCUCCGUCUGUCGCAUCGUCUCCAUGAUCCCCGCCAUCAACGAAACCGACGCGACCUGGUACUUUUCCGUGGUCAUGGUCUGGUCCGACACCGAAGUCAGCACCGCCAUCAUCGCUUUGUCCUUGCCGGCCUUGAAAGGACUGGUCGGAGCCGUGGCCGGCAGCACGCGCAAGGCUACCUCGCAGGAGCAGAGCGGCAGUAAUGGCCACGAAUUGAAUCUGGAGAAUGUUCAUCCUGAGUACAGGCCGCAUAUGUACCAGGGUCUGACCGUGAUCCGCAUGAUGCGCGGAUCAGCAUCGGGGAAAAUGCGAGCCAGGACCCGAUCUGGGUGGAUAACAGCUCCGGAGGGAUCCAUGUCAAGAAUAGCAUCCGGGUUAGUGUCAGCGACCGAUGAACUCCCACCAUGGGCGAAGGAGCCCUGCCAGACUAUCCAAAGCGGAGAUGACCCCCAGUCGUGGAGCCUUCUACAUUGA